AUGGAGGUUGUCAGGAAUUUUGCCUUGCGCAUCCGGGAGGACGAACGUGCGCCUGUCGGGAUUUUUGGGAACUGCAAGCAGAUGGGGUGUCCUGUGAGUAGCGGUAUUAGCUGUUCUCAUGGAGAAGUCAGUUGUGAACACGGACUUGCCUGUAUCCUGUCAUGGAAACGUUGUGACAGGAUCUCAGACUGCACGGACGGGAGUGAUGAGGAGGGCUGUGUGUGCCUACCAAUACCCCGGAAUUCUUACCCCGACCGGAAUUUGGAACUCCGCAGUAGACUUGCAAUGCUACCGAACCACCUAGGUCAGACGACGUUUGAGGAGAUACGGAAUUCCUCUGACGUCACGCGGCUCUACAGUUUGACCAGCAUCCCAGGGAAGAACUACCACCCUGAGUUAGAAGAAUUCCUAUUGACGAUCAUUUUCCCACCAUGCAACGUCACCGACGGGAACGAGACUGAGUGCUUAAAAAAAGCCAACACGACUGCUUGCAAUGGAACACAACUGGUACCAUGCCGCUCGUGGUGUGAGGAAGUGCUCAACAUGGCUGAUGACUGGAUAAAGGACCUGCUGCCGCGAUGUGAAUUCCUUCCAUCAUCUGAUCACGAUUGCUGGAAUCCCGAUUCAGAAACAAAGUUAGACGAAGUUUGCUACCAUGGCAUUGGCAUAAACUACCGCGGUACAUGGAGUACAACUACAUCCGGGACAGAGUGUGUUGCAUGGUCAGCUGCACAAGCUGGCUACUACAAGACAGAGUUCCCCUGGGCAAACCUGGAUAACAACUACUGCCGCAACCCUACCGGUCUGGAUCGGCCAUUUUGUGUAAUUGAAGACGGUAGCCAGGAGGAGUGUAAUGUCAUUCCCUGUGAUGCUGACGUCUGCUUGGACAGAGGCCCGCCAAACUACGGCAAGAGAAGUCCCAGCAAGAGGUUUUACUACGUAGGAGAAAGAGUCAGGUACACGUGCAACGAAGGCUACAAACUUUCGACCAAUGAUACCAGCGAAGCAAGGUGCAACAGAGGAGGCAUUUGGGAAACAGACAAACCCAAUUGUUUAGUUAACUAUAGGCGGAGGCUACAACAGGAGCUAUUAGGGGCUUACACUAAAAGUCUGUCACCUGAGAACGUCAUUAUCACCUUCAGCGGAUCUGUGGAACUGAUAGUCGAUUUGGAUGAAAAGAAGGAGCAGCUUGUUGCAUCUGUCAUCAUCGAUUUCGCAUGGAAAGACAGCCGACUGAGAUGGGAUCUCGGAGAAUAUGAUAACGUUCUGACACUCAGCGUUCCGGGGGACCUGAUUUGGACUCCGUCAUUUAUUCUAAAGAGAAAUGCGGAUCCUAUCCACAAAGGUCUCCAAAACGAGGUACCGGUCCGAGUGAGCAGCAGUGGCCUGGUAGAAUGGACUGUACAAACCCUGACCACCACCGUGUGUGAUGCUGACCCCUUCUUCUUUCCUGCAGACACCAUGGAAUGCCAUGUGUGUUUUUCUGCAACCACGGCGAUAGAGCAAAGCAUAGAAUGCCAAGGAGGAAGGUCUGCAUCAGACAAAGGGGGCAUCCCGUGCAACUCUUACUCUACUGCAACAAUGGAGGGCGAAUGGUACCGAAAGGAUAAGAUCUUUGCAAAAGACAACAGGGAAGCGUGCCUUACUAUUCAUCUGUCGAGGAUCCCGCUGUUCCACAUCGCCACUACUGUUGGACCCUGCAUCAUCCUGGUGGCACUGAUGGUCAUCACAUUCAUCAUGCCUUUGGACAGGGGCGACCGGAUCUCGUAUGGAGUGACCAUUCUACUCUCCAUGGUCGUGUCCCUCGUAUUUGUGACAGACGUACUUCCUGUCAAGGGGGCAUUGCCCUUUUUCGCUACGCUGAUCAUCAUCUGCAUGGGCCUGAUGGGAUUGUUCCUGUUCUUUACCCUGGUCAUCAUCGUCAUCCAUGACCGGGAGGGGAGCCUGUCUCCGGCGGCGAAGAUUAUUUUUCUUCGCUACAUUUCAAAGAUGCUGCUGUUGGGUGAUCUGACAGCAAAAAGCCAAGCGAACGAUGAAGAGCCUGGCGUUACCCACCAUGCCACCAUAGAGGUGACCAACUGCGCCUAUGAAGCCGAUAACGUGUCUGUGGCUGACGAAGAUGUCACAUAUUUCGGUGAUGGCAACGGGAGGAACGAGCAGCCAUCAUCGCCUCCAGGGGACGCUACCGGCCGCGGAUCAGCUGGCAUUGCCGAGCUAAACGUCAGCGUUCAAGAGUUGACAAGGGUGCUUGACAGCAGGAUUGGAGAGCUGACAAGGGAGGUAAAGACAGAGGUUGGAGAGCUUACCAAGGCCGUAAAGAACGAAGAGGAAGUGUCUGACUACACGCUGCUGGCUAAGGUCCUGGACAGGCUGUGUCUUGUCAUGUACAUCAUCAGCAUCGCGGCAGCCGUCCCUAUGACCAUGUACUUGGGCAGGUAA